AUGGGCCUCCGUUACCGCCGUCUCGCAGGCAGCGACGAAGAAGCUGGCCUUGAGAAAGAACCAGACCCUCCAGAAGCCCACGCUACCAUCGAUCUGAGAGGACGCUUCCGACGACGGAAGAUAUGGAUAUAUGUAUCAGCGGCGGUCACCACACUCGUAUCAUUGAUCGCGCUCAACGUUCUCGAAGAACGCGAUCGCUACAACGGCACGAAGAACAACAUACUGCUACGAAGCAUCUUCCUGGGCGAGGUGACUUCAGCAAUCGGGUGGAUGGUUCGGUACACGGUCGGCAGAGGCCUGGCAUGGAUGCAGCACCAUUAUCCAGACUUUCCGUAUACCAUUUUGGACAUCUGGGUUCGCAUUCUCAUCGGGAUGGUUCAGAUGCCCUUCGUCCUGAGCUAUUUCCGCUAG